CUCAACUCAACUCAACUCCCUUUUUCUCUAGCAUUUCCUGUCACGCUCUCAUUCGUCCUCUACGUGGCAUUCAUACCCUCAAAGCAGCAGUCUGCGUGCAAAUGUAGCAUAGUUGUGCUCUAGAGAAGGUGUUUCAAUAUGGCCAAAAAGACAGCGGCCACUCCAGUCUCGACGCCUGCUCUCAAAAAGAGCACCUCAUCGGGCGGCCAAAAGACUCUAUUUGGUUUCUUCCAACGGACCCCGUCUGCUUCCUCCCCAGUCCUGCCACCGGCUGCACCGACUCCUGAACUCUCUGCCGUCAAAGACUCGAAGCAAGCACUAUUGCGGUCAAGCUCUUCUCUCACGCCUGCACCUAGUAGUGAUGCAGUUGACCCAGACGAGCACGACAAAGAUGCCAGACCAUCAUCUCCUUCGCCUCCCAAAGGUCUGCCCUCGCCAGUCUCUGCUGAUGGACGGCAGGCUAAUGGUGGGGAAGAAUUGACCGCGCGGGGGACUCCUUCUCGACGGGCAAGGAACAAAGCCGUCCGCUAUAUCGAGUCCGAUAGUGAAGGAACCGACAAUGACGACGUGUUCAACCCAACCCCGGCCAGUCGUGCCCGCCCCAGCAAAAGGAGGAAAGUGUCCGAGAGUGACAACGAGGAUGCUUACCAGCAGCAUGAUAUCGAGGAGCUAGAUGAAGAAGACAUGGACGACUUCAUUGUGCCAGAUGAUUCUGAAGAUGAUGCUCGACCCGCCAAACGGAAGCGACCUUCAAAACCUGCUGCACGCACCACCACCUCAUCUCAUUUCACUCCCCCGGCCGCCAACGAAACCAUCGUUGACAUGGAGAUGGACCUGGAUUCCCGGGGGACGUCUUCUGCGUUACAGUGGACCUACGACCCUGAAAACCCGAUGCCUCUUCAACCCAGGUCUUCCAACAUACCUUCGAAGAAACCUGGGGUCGGGAACAAAAAGCAAAAAGCCCACAUGACCGAACCAGAGAAACGACAUGCUUGGCUCGAAGAUGUUCGAGACAUGGACCGAAAUCCCCCAGGGCACCCGGAUUAUGAUCCUCGAACGUUGUAUGUCCCUCCAAUGGCAUUUGCAAACUUCUCCCCCUUCGAGAAGCAGUAUUGGGAGAUCAAACAGAAGUUCUGGGACACAAUUGUCUUCUUCAAGAAGGGAAAAUUCUAUGAACUCUAUGAAAAGGACGCCACCAUUGGCCACCAGCUGUUCGAUCUCAAACUCACUGACCGAGUCAACAUGCGCAUGGUCGGUGUGCCGGAAUCAAGUCUUGAGAUGUGGGCGAACCAGUUUGUUGCAAAGGGUUACAAGAUCGCUCGUGUCGACCAAAAGGAGACUGCACUGGGCAAAGACAUGCGAGAGCGAGAUGAGGAGUCCGCUGGUGCUGGCAAAAAGAAGGUCAAGGAAGACAAGGUCAUCAAGCGGGAACUUGCCUGUGUCCUAACGGCAGGCACUCUGGUCGACGGAACCAUGUUGCAAGAUGACAUGUCAACUUAUUGUGUCGCCAUCAAAGAAUCCGAGGUCGACGACCUCCCAGUCUUUGGAAUAGCAUUUGUCGAUGCUGCCACCGGCCAAUUCAACGUCUCGCAGUUUGUCGAUGACGCCGACAUGACAAAGUUCGAGACCUUUAUCGCGCAGACACGCCCUCAAGAAAUCAUCCUAGAGAAAGGCGGUGUCUCGGCAAAAACCCUCCGUAUCUUGAAGAACAACACCGGCCUCACCACAAUCUGGAACUACCUGAAGCCUGGUAAAGAAUUCUGGGAAGGCCACAUUACGUUGAAGGAGAUCCAAGCCAGCGAGUAUUUCCCCGGAGAUUGGCCAGAAGUUCUUACACAGGCCAAGGACAAGGAUCAUCUUAUGUCGGCCCUAGGAGCUCUCAUUCAAUAUCUGAGGACCUUGAAGAUCGAACGAGAAUUGGUCAGCUUGGGUAAUUUCAUCUGGUACGAUCCCAUUCGCAAAGCUUCGAGCUUGGUGCUGGAUGGACAGACUUUGAUCAACCUGGAAAUAUUUGCCAAUUCCUACGAUGGCAGCAGUGAAGGCACUUUGUUCCAGCUUCUCAACCGAUGCAUCACACCAUUUGGCAAGCGUAUGUUCAAGCAGUGGGUUUGCCAUCCCCUCAUGGACACCAAAAAGAUCAACGCACGGCUUGAUGCGGUAGAGUCGCUGAAUGCCGACAGCAAAGUACGCGAUCGCUUUACUUCACAAAUGGCAAAGAUGCCAGAUCUUGAGCGCCUCAUCUCGCGAGUUCAUGCCGGAACUUGUCGUGUCCAAGAAUUUGUCAAAGUCUUGGAUGGAUUUGAACAAAUUGAUCACACAAUCUCCUUGCUCAAAUCCGGUUCUGGAAACCCGUCCGACUCUGAAGGUGUCAUAGGUCAGCUGAUCUCGGCUAUGCCUGACUUGCAAUCACGCUUGGAGUAUUGGAUGAGCGCUUUUGACCGUGAAAAGGCAAAGGACGAGGGCCUUUUGGUGCCAGAGCGUGGCAUUGAGCAGGAUUUUGACAAUUCUCAAGAUACAAUCACCAAUAUCAAGGGACAAUUUGCGGAUCUGCUCCAAGUCUGGAGGAAGAAGCUCGGAUCCAGUGCCAUCUGUUAUCGUGACAAUGGCAAAGAAAUCAUGCAGCUGGAAGUUCCGGUGAAGGUCAAAAACAUCCCGAAGAACUGGGACCAGAUGUCUGCCACACAGGCAGUCAAGCGAUACUACUUUCCGGAAUUGAAACAGCUCGUCCGGCAGCUCCAAGAGGCACAGGAACGUCAUACGCAGGUCAGCAAGGAAGUAGCAGGCCGCUUCUUCGCCCGUUUCGACGAAAACUAUGAGAUCUGGCUCGCGGCCGUCAAGAUCAUCGCUCAGCUUGAUUGUCUGAUCUCUCUUGCUAAAGCCAGUGCUGGCCUUGGCUUUCCCAGCUGCCGACCCGAAUUUGUCGACGACGACCGCUCCACUCUCGAAUUGGUUGAAUUGCGCCAUCCAUGCCUUUUGACCAACGUUGACGACUUUAUACCAAACGAUAUUGUUCUCGGUGGCAAGAACUCCAACAUUACCCUUCUCACAGGAGCUAAUGCUGCUGGUAAAUCUACUGUCCUCCGUAUGACAUGUAUCGCAGUCAUCAUGGCUCAAAUUGGGUGCCAUCUCCCAUGCCAGUCUGCUCGCUUGACACCUUUUGAUCGGAUAAUGUCCCGUCUCGGUGCACAAGAUCACAUAUUUGCUGCUCAAUCCACGUUCUUUGUCGAGCUGGCCGAGACCAAGAAGAUCCUCUCCGAAGCUACACCUCGAUCCCUAGUUAUUCUCGAUGAGCUUGGCCGAGGAACGUCAUCACACGAUGGCGUAGCUGUUGCACAAGCGGUGCUGCAUCACCUCGCCUCUCACAUUGGCUGUCUUGGGUACUUUGCAACCCAUUACCACUCUCUUUCGGCGGAGUUCCGACACCAUCCCGAGAUCAGCCCCAAGAGGAUGAAGAUCCUCGUUGACGACGAAGCCAGGCGAGUCACCUUCUUGUACAAGCUCGAAGAAGGAACAGCAGAAGGAAGUUUUGGAAUGCACUGUGCAAGUAUGUGCGGCAUCAGUGAUGCAGUCGUUGAGUUGGCAGAAGAGGCGGCUCGAGAAUGGGAGCACACAAGCGUGAUCUCGAGAAAAUUGAAAGGACAGGCGGUGACAAGCAGUCAAGUUGGACAGGAGCAACAAGAGAAGGAGAUCCCACUGGGACUUUUGAGCGACCUUGCAUGGAUCCUGAAGGACAGCAAGGAGAAGGAGAGCGAGGUAAGUGAGAUGGGUCUCGAAGCCCUUGUACGAUCUAUCGAGGCAUUGUAGAUAUCCGAGAUAUAUUUAUGUAGAGAUAAUUUGCGUACCAGGAUUGUGGGGAGAGGGGAGUUGCAAUGCUUUGACAAUAAUACAGUCUCG